AUGGGCAACGAGGCCAGCCUGGAGGGCGGCGGCGAGGACGGGCAGCUCCCGCCCGCCGCCGCCGGGGCCCCGCCGCCGCCAGCAGCAGCCGACGCCGCUGCCUUUUCCAAGCCUCCUUCAGCACCAGGCGGCGGCGGACAGCUCCCGGGCAACGCUGCCGGGCCCGGGCCCAGCACGCCCAGGAGACCGGAGCAGCUGGAUCAGGCCCCGGGCCAGCGCUCGGCAUCCCCCUCCCUCACCCAGACUGCACCCAGCUCCCAGAGCCCGCGAGAGAUGAGGGGCCGCGGCCAGCCCGGACCACCAGCAGAGGGACCGCGGAAGAUGCUGCAGGUGGACGCCAGGAGCCAAGGCUCGGGGAGGUCCCCGUCAGUGUCACCAGACCGGGGCAGCACUCCCACCUCUCCCUACUCGGUUCCACAGAUCGCGCCGCUCCCCAGCAGCACGCUGUGCCCCAUCUGCAAGACCACAGAGCUCACCUCAUCCCCUGGCCAGCCCAACUUCAAUGCCUGCACCCAGUGUCACAGCAAAGUCUGCAACCAGUGUGGCUUCAACCCCAACCCGCAUCUCACCCAGGUGAAGGAAUGGUUGUGCUUGAACUGCCAGAUGCAGCGGGCGCUGGGGAUGGACAUGACCACCGCUCCUCGCUCCAAGAGCCAGCAGCAGCUUCACUCUCCUUCACCAUCUCCCUCCCACUCCCCAGCCAAGCACCCGACACCCUCAGCUGUGGACAAGUCCCCAUCAGCCACCCGCACCCUGCCGCCUGAGCCACCCAAACCUCAACCCCCUACCCCGCAGAGGGAACCGCAUGGCCAAGGCCAGCCAAAACCUCAGGAGCCAGCCAGGUCCUCCCCGCAGCAUCAGCAAGCCAAGCCUUCCUCCUCUGAGCAAAGAAAGAUGACAGGAGACGUGGGGGCGAAGCCAGCCGCCCCGGCCCCUGGGGCUGGAGCACAAGAGCAGUCCCAGGAGGGGCUCACAGGGAAGCUCUUUGGCUUUGGGGCGUCCCUUCUGACCCAGGCGAGCACACUCAUGUCCGUCCAGCCAGAAGCACCCCCUCCAAGCCAGCCGUCUCCUGGCAAAGUGCCUCCAAAAAUCGUGUUCAGUGAUGCCAGCAAAGAAGCUGGCCCCAAAGGUCCGGGGGCGCAGGGCCGGGCUGGUGCCACACCGGCCGCGAAGCCGGGCAAGCCGGAGCAGGGCGGCAAGCCAAAGGAAGUGCCGAAAGCAAAGGUCUUGUGCCCCCUCUGCAAAGCGGAGAUCAACGUGGGCUCCAGCGAGCCCCCCAACUACAACACCUGCACAACCUGCCGGCAGCAGGUCUGCAACAUGUGUGGCUUCAACCCCACACCUCACCUGGUGGAGAAGAACGAAUGGCUGUGCUUGAACUGCCAAACUCAGCGCCUGCUCGAAGGCAGCCUCGGUGACCCUGCCCCGAUGCCGAUGCCGAUGCCGAUGCCUACCCCAAAGCAAACGCCCACCAGCUCCCCGCAGCACCGGCCGCCAGCCGCUGGCCCGCAGCAGAGAGCACCCGCGCCGGCAGCCGCCGAGCCGGCGGCACCCCCCGAGCGGCAAACCUCACCUGCAAAGACCCUUCGGGUGGCUGAACAGAGCAGGACCUCGAGCCCCGCCCCAGCCGAGAAGAAGAAGCCCCCACCGCCAGCCGGAGAAAAGCCACUGCCCAAAGCUGUCCCGGAGCCUUCCAAAGCUCCUGAGAGUACUGCAUCAAAGGGGAAGAGCAUAAGCCCCAAACCAGAGGUGGAGAGCAAGGAGAGCCGGGCUCCCCCCGAGGUACCACGGGCCAAGGAGCAGGAGGAUGGGAGCAAGCCUUACCCCCCGGACCUGUCCCGCAGCCCCCAGAGCCUGAGUGACACUGGCUACUCUUCUGACGGCAUCUCCAGCUCGCAGAGCGAGAUCACUGGCCUGGUGCAGCAGGAGGAAGAGAAGCUGAGUGGCACUGGGUUGGCUGGGCAGAGCCCCCCCAGCCCCUCUGAGCUGACCAAGCUAGAAAGCAGCAUGCGGCCCCUCCUAGAAGGCCGGGGGGCCCCACCAGAGCCCACUGAGCGUGGCAAAGCCUCCACAGAGCCACGGGAGGAGCAGCGGCAACGGCAGCGGCCGCGGUACCUCUCCAUCGCCCCCGAAGCCUUUGACUCUGAUGAGGAGCUAGAGGACAUCCUGGAGGAGGAUGAGGACUCAAUGGAUUGGGAGAGCCGGCGGGAGCGGCGGGAGAGCGCAGAGUCCUCGGACGAGUUUGGCAGCAAGCUGCGGCAUGACUAUGUGGAGGACAGCAGUGAGGGAGGCUUCUCGCCAGUGCCCCCAAGGCCCAAGGGCCGGGAGGCAGAGGUGAGCGAUGAGGAGUUCAUGCGGAGGCAGAUCCUGGAGAUGACUGCUGAGGAGGACAACCUGGAGGAGGAGGAGGAAGGGUACAGGCGUGUCAAGUACAGCAUCCCCAAAACCGGGCAGAAAGCCGAGACAGAGAAGGGCAAAGAGCCGGCAUCGACCAAGCGGCACCUGCCACAUGGUGCCAGCAGCAUGUACAAGGAGGAGAGGAAGGAGAUGGAGGUGGCAGAGGGCAGUGACUUGAGCACAGCCCAGGGUGGUCUGCGGCGCUUCAAGACCAUUGAGCUAAACAGCACAACUGGCUAUGGCCGGGAGAUGGAGGUGGGCCAGGAGGCAGACACCAGCAUGGACCGGGAGCCCGAGCUGGAGAUGGAGAGCCUGACAGGUUCUCCAGAGGAGCGCUCCCGGGGCGAGUACUCCUCCACUCUGCCGGCCACAACGCCCAGCUACACCUCAGGCACCUCACCCACAUCCAUCUCCUCUCUGGAGGAGGACAGUGACAGCAGCCCCAGCCGCCGGCAGCGGCUAGAGGAAGUGAAGCAGCAGAGGAAGGCUCGCCACCGCUCACAUGGCCCCUUACUGCCCACCAUUGAGGACUCAUCUGAGGAGGAGGAGCUGCGGGAGGAAGAGGAGCUGCUGCGGGAGCAGGAGAAGAUGCGGGAGGUAGAGCAGCAGCGCAUCCGGAGCACAGCACGGAAGACCAAGCGCGACAAGGAGGAGCUGAGAGCACAGCGGAGGAGGGAGCGCUCCAAAACCCCCCCCAGCAACCUCUCUCCCAUCGAGGAUGCCUCCCCCACUGAAGAGCUGCGGCAGGCGGCAGAGAUGGAGGAGCUGCACCGCUCAUCCUGUUCUGAAUACUCACCCUCCAUCGACUCAGAAGCUGAGAGCUUUGACGCCGUGACCUCCAAGCUGUACAAGUCAGGCAGCGAAUACAACCUGCCCACCUUCAUGUCACUGUACUCCCCGACGGAGAAGGGAGAAAGCAGCCCCAGCCAACCUACCAGCAAGCCCCUCAAGAGUGCUGAGGAAGCUUAUGAGGAGAUGAUGAAGAAGGCAGAGAUGAUGCAGAAGCAGCAGGUCCAGCAGGCCCAGACAGCUGUUUCCUACAGCAGCACCUACGAGCAGGUUGGCUUCCGUGGCACUGGGGCCCAGAAUGGCUUUGAAUACCAGUAUGCAGAGGAGUACCAGUAUGAUGGUAGCUCCUCACACCCCUCCCAGCCCAGCUAUCCCAGCACUCUCCCGAAGGUGGGAGUGGUGUAUGAGGAGAUCCUGCAGACCUCACAGAGCAUCUCCAGGAUGCACCAAUCCUCCUCGUUUGACCUGGCCCUUGAGCAGGGUGAGAAGGUGAAGGGACAGGAGGAGACAUACCCAGAGAAGCACUUCCUCAAUGCUGAGAGCGCCUACGCUGACCUGAUGAAGCAGAACGGUGGUCCCCUCACUCCUGGUACCAGCCCCACACAGCUCUCUGCUCCUGUCUCCUUUUCCACCUCUGACAGCAGCACAGCCAAGGCCAUUCCUGAUGUCCGGGUCACCCAGCAUUUUGCAAAAGAAGGGCAAGAUCUAGCCAAGCUCCAGAGCACCCUAGCAGCACCCAGCCCAGUGUCAAAGGCUACCACCACUCCUUACACCUACAGCAAAGGUACCAGCACAGUGACAACAGCGGUGAGCGGCCCUGGGAGUGCGCCACGGAGCUACAGCUCCCCAACUCCAGAGGCCCCACCCAUAGCCAGCAGAAGCUAUACUCCAGUGAAGAGCACUGUCAGCUAUGGCUCUCAGACAGAGGACACCAGCAGAAGCAAGGCAGUUGUGGAGAUCAGUGUGCAGACAGCCAGGGAGAAGCUCCCCGCAGUGAGCGACAUCAAGCCCGCGGCACCCAAGACAUACUCCUUCUUCAAGACCUCCAGCCCUCCACUCUCACCCACCUCCCCCACGCAGAGUCCCACCCGAGCCACAAAGGCCACCGCAGAGUUUUCCACACAGACACAGAGCCCCCUUCUUCCCUAUGAGGGUCUCUCUGCCACCACUACCAGCCCUGCCACCUCUUCCCCAAUGGUGGCACAGGGAACGCAGACACCACACCGGUCAGGCUCGCCACGUCUGACCCGGCAGGCCUCCUCGCAGGAUGCCCCCUUCAUGGUGAUCACUCUGGCAGCUGAUGCGGCCAGCCAGACCAAACCGGUCAGCUCCGGCUCCCUGACAUCCCCCACCUCAUCCCCCACCAGGCCGAGCCGGCAGCUGCCAGGACACGGCUACAGCCAGACACCAGAGCAGGAGCAGCCACCAGGUGCCUACAUCAGGACACAGUCAGUGAAGGAGCAUGCCCAGAAGGCACCUGCUGUGACUUCAGCUGCUGAUGGCAUCGCAGGGCUCUAUGGCUGGGCAGCACUCCCUGCAGAAAACAUCUCCCUCUGCCGCAUCUCCUCCAUCCCCGGCACAUCUCGGGUCGAGCCAGGGCCCAAGGUGCCAAGCACUAAUGCUGUGGACUUACGGACUGCACUGAAGUCUGCCCCCAUCAUCAUAACAGACCAAGGCAUGGAUCUCACCUCCUUGGCCACUGAGGCCAGGAAGUACUGCCUGACCUUGGACCACAUCCCAAGUCGGCAGUCCACCGCUAUCCAGCCUUUGAUCAUCAACCUCAACGCCCAGGAGCAGCCCCAUGCCAUCAUCGCAGCAGCCAGCACUGCUGGCCUGGCCAUUGCUUCUCCCAUGAUUCUCUCACAGUCCAAGCAGCCUGUGGUCUAUGGAGACCCUUUCCAGAGCCGGAUGGACUUUGGGCAGGGGACUGGGAGCCCCGUGUGCUUGGCACAGGUGAAGCAGGUGGAGCAGGGUGUCCAGACACCUGCCGUCAGAGCCAGUGGGGCAGCUGGCAGCAAGCCUGAGCCCACUGCAGCCCCUCAGAGCAAGUUUACAAGGUACAGCAUGCCAGGCCAGAUGUUGAAGAAGGAUGUGCUCAUGGCACAGACUGGUGGGACACAUAAUGUCAGUGGCCUCCCGCAGACCUUCCCAACAGAGCCAGCCACAGAGUUGUACCGGGCAGUGCCAGUGGAGCUGAAGAGCCAGAGCCCUCUCCUUACCCUGGGAGGCAAGAAAUCCCAGGUGAUGAUGGUGCAGAUGGAGGAGGCGGCAGCUGGUCCAGUGACCAAAGUGCUGAAGGAGGAGCCACCAGCAAAUGUGCUGGACCUCACCGGCGUGAAGCCAGAGAGCCAGGUGGCCUGUUGUGACAUGGUCUACAAGUUCCCCUUCAGCGGCAGCUGCACCGGUGCUUUCAACCCCACCUCCAAGAUGCCAGAGAAGAAAGCUGGGGAGGCAGUGGCCCCUGUCCGGAAAGCCGGUGGCCCCCUCUAUGGCAGCAGAGAACCAGAGCUGCCAGACACUUUCCCUUACCGGGAGCAACCAGCCCCAGCACCUCCACUCUAUGAGGAGCAGAAGUUUUACCCAACUGGCAACUUUGGCCGCCUCUACUCCUCUAUGUCAGACACAAACCUCUCUGAAAUUGGGAUGAGCUACUACCCCAUGAAGGGGGAUCAGCCCUUCCACUCCCCAGCAGGUGAUGCCGCUGUGGACCUCAGCACCAUGAAGCACUCCUACAGUGUGGGCUUUGCUGAGGGGGGUUACCUGGGCCAGGGGCUGCAGUAUGGCUCUUUCUCCGACCUUCGCCAGCCAGCAGACAUGUUGGGCCACCCACUCCCUAUGCGGAGGUACAGCUCAGUCUCCAACAUCUACUCUGACUACCGCUUCUCACCCCGCGGGGAUCUUGCCAGCUUCCAGGAGUCCAGCCUGGCUCACUACAGUGCCACCACAGCACGCGAGAUCAGUCGUAUGUGUGCUGCCCUCAACUCCAUGGACCAGUACGGGGGCCGGCAUGCUAAUGGCCCUGACAUGCUGCCCUAUGGCCCCAGCACUGGGCCAGGGGGCACAGGAGGGCUGACAGCUCAGCAGCAGGGCCCUACACCCCCCAAACCCAGUGGUGUGUACAACCCAACCUUCCCCGAGCCACGGCAGGGCUUUGGCAGCCUGGCACAGUACAACAUGCCUGGUGUCCGCCUGGGCACCGUCCGGCAGAUGUUCCCUUCCACCGCCACUGUGCGAGCUGCCGAUGGCAUGAUCUACUCCACCAUCAACACGCCCAUUGCCUCCACACUGCCCAUCACCACCCAGCCAGCCUCAGUCCUGCGGCCCAUGCUGCGUGGUCUCUACAGACCCUAUGGCCCCGGCGGCGUGGCAGCUGUCCCACUGGCCAGCUUGUCCAGGCUGCCAGUCAUCACCCCACGUGUCCCACUGGCGGCACAGGGCCUUUACCGCUACCCAGCCCCCAGCCGGCCAGCCCCGGCAGCCUCACUGAUGGAGACACCUGUCUACCUUGGCAAGCCUGUCAGCACUGCAGCAGCAGCUGCGGGUGCUGGCCCUGCUCCCAAAGCCCCCGCUGCACCCACCAGUGGCUUGCAGAGAGUGGAACCAGCAGGAGCUGCUCCUCAUGCUGAGGGGCCAGUGGUAUCAGCAGCACCUGCAGCAGCCAGCAAGGAGGGCGGGCAAGCAGCCACGGUGCCCAAGGCAUCGCUGGAAGGGACUCAGCGGGAGGAGCGGGAGAGGGAAGAGGAACGGCAGCGCAAGCAGCAGGAGCACGUGCUGCAGCUGGAGCGGGAGCGCGUGGAGCUGGAGAAGCUGCGGCAAAUGCGGCUCCAAGAGGAGCUGGAACGGGAGCGUGCGGAGCUGCAGCGGCAUCGGGAAAAGGAGCAGCUGUUGGUGCAGCGGGAGCUGCAGGAGCUGCAGUGCAUCAAGCAGCAGGUGCUGCAGCAGCAGCAAGAGGAGCGGCACGCACAGCUGGCCCUGCAGCGGGAGCAGCUUGCCCAGCAACGCCUCCAGCUCGAGCACAUCCACCAGCUCCAGCACCAGCUCCAGCAGCAGCUGGAGGAGCAGAAGCGGCAAAAGAACAUCUUCCCCGUGCCUGCUGAGCCUACCGCCCGCCUGCCCGAGGGUCUCACUGAGGUGCCACGGGGCAUGCCGCACAAUGGGCAGGCAUGGCCGCCACCAAGCCAGGCGCCACCAGAGGGGCCUGCUGGCCCUCGCUAUCCCGUGCCACAGCGGCCACUCAGCAGCUCAGCCUCAGAUAUGUCACUGCAGGUCGAGGAGUCCUGGGAGCCUGGCCGGGGCAUCAAGAAGAGGAACUCCAUGCCACGGCUGCGGGAUGCCUACGAUAAAGAGGCAACACGAGAGGCCUUCGCAGCAAAGAAGACAGCAGACAGCAGUGUGCAGACAGAUGAGGAGGACGGGGAGGAGCGGUACCUGCUGUCACGGCGGCGGCGGGCACGGCGCAGCACAGACUGCAGCGUGCAGACAGACGAGGAGGACAGUGGAGAGUGGGAGCAGCCUGUGCGCCGACGGCGAUCCAGGGCCUCACGGCAUGCUGACUCUGGCACUGAGGGCAAGGCAGAGGGGGCGGCCCGUGGCACAGCCAGCGUGGGCAUUCAGACCAUCAGUGACUGCUCAGUGCAGACAGAGCCCGACCAGCUCCUCCGAGUCUCCCCCUCCAUCCACAUCACCACCCAUGACCCCCGUGUGGAGAUCGUGAAGUACAUCUCGGCCCCAGAAAAGACACAGCGGGGCGAGAGCCUGGCCUGCCAGACAGAGCCAGAGGCAGCUCCCCAGCCCGGUGUUGUGGUCCCCCAGCUGACAGUCCCCACCACCAUCCCACCCUACUCCACCAACAUCCAGAUGGUGAGCACUGGCCCCUUGGACCCUCACGCUGUCCGGCAGCAGACUCUAGGCAAGUUCGAGAAGAAGAAACCGGAUCCCCUGGAAAUUGGCUACCAGUCCCAUUUGCCCGCCGAGUCCCUCUCCCAGCUGGUGACCCGCCAGCCACCCCGCUCUCCCCAGGUGCUCUACUCACCUGUCUCCCCACUGUCCCCUCACCGCCUCCUCGAGUCCUCUUUCGCCACCAGUGAGCGGCUGAACAAGGCUCAUGUUCCCCCUCAGAAGCACUUCACUGCUGACUCGGCCCAGCGCCAGCAGACACUGCCACGCCCCAUCAAGACCAUGCAGCGCUCCCUCUCCGACCCCAAGCCCAUCAGCCCCACUGCCGAGGAGGCCGGCAAGGACAGGUUCUCCCUCUACCAGCACUCGCUGCUCCCCAGCACCCAGGUGGCAGGGCUGCAGUCAAGCCCCCUAGCACGCAAGGUGAAGCGGACGCUGCCCAGCCCGCCGCCCGAGGAGCCCCACGUUCCCCUGGCCAGCCCAGCCACCUCCCAGCUCUACCUGAGCAGCCUGGCCACCAAGGCCACUGCACCAGUUACCAAGGCCAGCCUGCUGAAGGAGCUAGACCAUGACCUGAGGCUGGUAGAGCAUGAGGCCACCAAGCUGCGGAAAAAGCAGGCGGAGCUGGACGAGGAGGAGAAGGAGAUCGAUGCUAAGCUGAAGUACCUGGAGCUGGGCAUCACGCAGCGCAAGGAGUCACUGCUGAAGGAGCGGGGUGGCCCACGGGACCACCCUUACCUGCGCUUCCCUGGGGAUCGCCGCGACUACCUGUCCGACAGCGAGCUGCACAGCCUGCGUCUUGCCGCCUAUGACGGCACUGGCCUGCGCCCCACACCCACUGGGCAGUACCCUGACUUUGCCUACCCAUACCCCACCCCACAGGGCCCUGCCAGCUUCCCACAGGCACGUCUGCAGCCUCCCCAGUACCCCACAGCCAGCACCACGCAGGAUGAAUUGCAGGCAACCCCACUGCCCACCUUUGCCUCACCCAGCGCCUUCCCGGCCCCUGGCACUGCGUACUCAGAGCUGGGCCCCCCAGGCCAGCCAGGCUUCCGGCCCCAGAACCCCUACCAAGCCCCAAGCGCCUUUUCUGGGGCAGCCACUGCACCGGCAGCACAGCCAACCCUCUUCCAGAGCCCUGCAGAGGUAGCUGGUGGGCACCAGAAGCCACGGCAGACCUCCCUGGCUGACCUGGAGCAGAAGAUCCCCACUAACUACGAGGUGAUUGGCACAGCUACCAGCUCCUCUGCUGUUCCCGAUGUCACCUUCAGCACUGCGCCGCCAAGUGGCAGCUACGAGCAGUACAAAGCAGCUGAAGUCCGGCCGGCUGAGAGAGCCAGCACAGCGCAGGGCCCCUCAGCCAGCUUCCCUUCUGAGUCCCUCUACACCAGCCUGGAGCAGAACAUCCCUCGUAACUACGUAAUGAUAGAAGACAUAAGUGAGCUCACCAAGGAGAGCCCAGCAGUGGAGGGGCAGAAAGGGGAGCCAGUGGGCACAGGUGCUGAUGGCCGCCAUGGCAGGGAGAAGUCUGAGGUGGGGGAUGCUGAGAGCUCCAGCCGGCCCUGUUGCUACACCAAAGCUGAGGAGGAGUCUGAGGAGGACAUCUAUGACCACCAUGGCUCCAACUAUCGAGGGAAGAACAGCUACCACAGGGGCGUGGAGAGCAAUGGCAGAGUGUCAGGGAGCUCCACCAGCUCAUCCUACUACUAUGGGGACAGUGAGUACCGGCACUCUUCACGGGUGGACAAGCAUGGCCCUGGUGCACCACUACCAAAGCAUUCAUCCAAGAGCCUGGCCCCUGCUGUUGUCUCCUCAAAGCGCAGCAAGCACAGGAAGCAGGGCAUGGAGCAGAAGAUCUCCAAGUUCUCCCCCAUUGAAGAAGCCAAAGAUGUGGAAUCGGACUUGGCCUCCUAUGCAGUGACCACCUCGGUUGGAAGCAGCAACGUGGCCUCCAGGGCCAAGAAGAUGCAGGAGGAGAUCACCUAUGGCCUGAAGAAGAACGUCUAUGAACAGCAGAAGUACUACGGUGUCUCCAGCCGGGAUAUGGUGGACGAGGAGGAGCGGGUCUACUCUGCCAGCAGUAGACCCCGCUCCUCUGGCUACGGGGUGGAGAAAUCCUCCAGCCGGGAGGUGGGCAGCAGGAGCAAGUCCUACGAGCGGGAGGGUAUGGAGCGCUCCCAGAAAGGCAGCUCCAAGCCCUCAUCCCUUGGCAUGAGCCAGAGCCGCGGGCGACCACCCAUCCGCACACAGCACUCAGAGGAGGAGAGCCCUGUCAGCCCCCUGGGGAAGUCAGUGGGUGGGUCACGCACUGCAGGGGGACCCGGCCCCCAGUCGGCGGGGGACCCCUGCUCCCCAUUCUGCUCCAGCCACUCGUUGCCUGAUGUGCAAAAGCACAUCAAAGAUGUGCCAAGGAGUCACUCGUACAAGCACGAGGAGGGCUACGGCAUGGACGAUGCCCAUUGCGUUGUCUCGGACAGUGAAGCCUAUCAUUUGGGUCAGGAGGAGACAGACUGGUUUGAUAAGCCCAGAGAGGCACGGGCGGAGAGGGUCAGGCACUACGGUGGCCACUCUUCCUCACAGAAGAGACCCCCAGUUAAGCACACCUACCAUGACUACGACGAGCCUCCCGAAGAGGAUAUGUGGCAGCACGAUGACUACCCCCAGCACCGUGAGCACCGCCACCACGGGGAGUAUGGGCGCCAUACCGGCAGCUCCCGGCAUGUCAGCGACGAGCCCCCACGCCGCUCGGCCAAGCAGCAUCCACGAGAGCCUGGCCGCCACGAGCCCCGAGGCCAUGAGCCCCGCUCUGCCUCCAAGAAGGCACAGCAGCCUGAGUCCCGUGCACCUGCCCCCUAUGGGCCCAGCUCUGCCGAGUAUGGCCCGCCGUCCCGCGCCGGUGCUCACCACCAUGGCAUUGAGGCCCCCAAGACACAGAAGCCUUCCCAGCCACAUGGGUCAGCCACCCCAGCACCGAAGCCGGAGCCCCUUGCACACCCACAGCAGCCAGUGGCCAGGCAGCAGCAGGCAGGGCAGCAGGCGGCACGGCAGCAGCCAGCUGCACGGCAGCCUGCCCAGCCAGUGGGCUCGGCACAGCCUGAGGCCAGGGGCAGGACACAGGGACCUCCGUCAUCCCGACCACCGCAGCAGCAGCCUGGGCCAGCCCAGGCAGCAGGGAAGGCACCGGCCGUGCACAAUGCACAGCCAGGCGGGCAUCCAGCGCCAGCACCAAAAGCAGAGCAGACGGACACAUCCAAACCUGCAGCUAAAGUGCCACAGCAGCCGGGGAGAGCACCCACAGCACAGCCUCUGGGAGCAGCAGCAGACAGCAAAGCUGCUCCAAGAGUGGCCGGGCCACGUGGUCUGGCCAGCAUGGCCACGGGGCAGCCUGGGGCGGAAGGAGAGAGUGUCUUCUCCAAAAUCCUGCCGGGAGGGGCAGCGGAACAAGCAGGCAAACUGACUGAAGCGGUGUCGGCUUUUGGCAAGAAGUUCACUUCGUUCUGGUGA